AUGUUCCUCCGAGAAGGCCAUGUCGAGCACUCCAUCCCUCAACUUCGCAAGUUCAUACAGCAGAACCCACUCGGGAUCCUUACAACUGCCAUCGAAUCCGACGAUCAUCCAUUCAUCCAGUCGAGCCAUAUCCCCUGGGUCAUCGACAUCCCCGACCCGGAAGAUGAAAAAGCCCUGCCGACGCUGAGGGGGCACAUCGCCCGCAAGAACCCGCAAUCGAAGGUCUUCACCGCCGAAGCACUACGUUCAGAAGAACCUGUUUCCAAACCGCAUACUAUCAAGCGAGAUGUGAUGGUCCUCUUCAACGGCCCGGUACACCACUACGUCACGCCCAAGUUCUACACCAAGACGAAGCCCGAGAGCGGCAAAGUCGUGCCGACAUGGAAUUACUCCGCCGUCGAAGCGCACGGCACCGCAACCGUCUACCUCGACCACAAAUCCCCCUCCACGACCGCCUUCCUCUCGAAACAGAUCCGCGAUCUCUCCCAUGAAGCUGAGACGAGGAUUAUGGGGUAUAGCAAGCCGUGGGCGGUGGAGGAUGCGCCGGAGAAGUAUAUUGAGUUGCUGGCGGCGAAUAUUGUGGGGGUUGAGAUUGAGGUGAAGAGAUUGGGAGGGAAGUUUAAGAUGAGUCAGGAGAUAGGGAGGGAGGAUGUGGAGGGGGUUGUGGAGGGGUUUGCGGGGCUGGGGACGGAAGAGGGGAAGAGGAUGGCGGAGAUUGUGAGAGAGAGGGAUGGGUUGAGGGCUUGA